GCGGCCCAGCCGCGCCGGUCACGGACCCAGCACCGGAACCGCUGGAGGCCCUGACCACAUCUGCCCACCGGAGCCUCCGGGCUUCGACAUGCUGGAGGAGCCCCAGCAGCGGACUCUGCCCUUGGGCCUCGCGGGUCUCCUGCUCCUUGCGGUGUGCAGUCGGGCGCUCAGCAAUGAGAUUCUGGGCCUGAAGCUGCCCGGGGAGCCGCCGCUGACGGCCAACACCGUGUGCUUGACGCUGUCCGGCCUAAGCAAGCGCCAGUUGGGCCUGUGCCUGCGCAGCCCCGACGUGACGGCCUCUGCGCUUCAGGGUCUGCACGUCGCCGUGCACGAGUGCCAGCACCAGCUGCGCGACCAGCGCUGGAACUGCUCGGCACUCGAGGGCGGCGGCCGCCUGCCGCACCACAGCGCCAUCCUCAAGCGCGGUUUCCGCGAGAGUGCCUUCUCCUUCUCCAUGCUGGCUGCUGGGGUAAUGCAUGCAGUAGCCACAGCCUGCAGCCUGGGCAAGCUGGUGAGCUGUGGCUGUGGCUGGAAGGGCAGCGGUGAACAGGAUCGGCUCAGGUCCAAACUGCUGCAGCUGCAGGCGCUGUCCCGGGGCAAGAGUUUUCCCCACUCCCUGCCCAGCCCUGGCCCCGGCUCAGGCUCCAGCCCUGGCCCCCAGGACACGUGGGAAUGGGGUGGCUGUAACCAUGACAUGGACUUUGGAGAGAAGUUCUCUCGGGACUUCUUGGAUUCCAGGGAAGCUCCCCGGGACAUCCAGGCGAGAAUGAGAAUCCAUAACAACAGGGUGGGGCGCCAGGUGGUAACUGAAAACCUGAAGCGGAAAUGCAAGUGCCAUGGCACUUCGGGCAGCUGCCAGUUUAAAACCUGCUGGAGGGCAGCCCCAGAGUUCCGGGCCGUGGGGGCAGCGCUGAGGGAGCGGCUGGGCCGAGCCAUCUUCAUUGACACCCACAACCGCAAUUCCGGAGCCUUCCAACCCCGCCUGCGUCCCCGGCGCCUCUCAGGAGAGCUGGUCUACUUUGAGAAGUCUCCCGACUUCUGCGAGCGAGACCCCACGGUGGGCUCCCCGGGCACGAGAGGCCGGGCUUGCAACAAGACCAGCCGCCUGCUGGAUGGCUGCGGGAGCCUGUGCUGCGGCCGCGGGCACAACGUGCUCCGGCAGACGCGAGUUGAGCGCUGCCACUGCCGCUUCCACUGGUGCUGCUAUGUGCUGUGUGACGAGUGCAAAGUCACGGAAUGGGUCAAUGUGUGCAAGUGAGGCCAGCCUCAACCUAGGGGCUGGGGAAGGGAAGUCCUUGGCUCUGGUUUCUGUCCAGGGUCCUCCUUGGCUCCUGGAAGUUCAAAAGCUUUUGAGGGUAGUAGGGGUCAGGUGAAGUCUCCCCAACCCCUGCCAAGUUAGCUGGAUUUGGGAGAAAUGUGCCAUCCCUCUUCCUUAAACACCUGAAUGGCCCAAGAUGAAAUGCAGUCUUGGGCACCCUUUAAUCCUGAUUCUCGUUCCUUGUUUUUGACUACUCCUCUCUCUCCUGAGUGAUAACCCCAGAUAUGCAGAAGUUAGAGGUGGAGCCAGUAAGACCUAUAUCUGAAAGGAGACCCCCUCACUGUUAUCUACUGUUCACAGCUCCUCUACAGUAGCCUGGCUCUCCUCUUGAAAGGUAAUGAGAGACAGUGAUGGAAAGAUUUGUCUUGGGGGACAAGAUGGGAGGGUGGGAUAGGGUCUUCUCCCCUGAAUCCUGUCCAGGCCCUUAGGGAAUGAGCUUCCUUCCAUUCAGGUGUUAAAAUAGACCCUCCAAAGGAAGGGUU